AUGGGCCGCCGUGGGCCGUGGCUGCACACCGCCCUGCUCUGGGCGGCCGUGGCCAGCCUGCUCCUCCCUCCGGCUCUGGCCCAGCAGCUGCGAGGGCCCGGCCCCAGCAACUGGAACACCAAUGCCGGCGUCUCCUCGGAGGACGUGUCCGGUGAGUUUGGCCACGCCGUCCACGGCCACCGAGGCCACGGCCACGAGGACGAGGCUGUUCUCACGGACCGAGGGCCUCCGUUCUGGAGCCACCGGGACCGCGGAGAGGAGGACGAGGGCGAUGUCUCCGGGGAAGACGGUCGCCAGCUCCACGGCCACGGGCACCGAGGCCACGGGGCCGGAGAGGAGGAUGUCUCCGACGAGGAGGCCUCCACGGAGCGUGGCCGUGGGAACCAGGAUGGGGAUGGUUCGGAGGAGCAUGGGCGCCCCUCCCCCGGCCACGGGAGCCACGGCGGCCACCAAGACGAGGAGGAGAGCGAAGUCGUGUCCAGUGAGUAUCGGCGUCACGUCAUGAGGCACGGGCCCCGAGGCCACGGAGAAGAAGAUGAUGAUGACGAUGACGAUGAUGACGAUGACGAUGACGAUGAUGUCUCUAAUGAGCAUGGACACCAGGCCCAUGGGCCCCGAGGCCACGGAGAAGAGGAUGAUGACGAUGAUGACGAUGACGAUGAUGUCUCUAAUGAGCGUGGACUCCAGGCCCACAGGUCCCACGGCCACAGGAAGGAAGAAGAGGAAGACGACUCCGAUGAGCACCACGACCACGUCCCUGCCCACGGACACCGAGGCCACGAAGAAGACGACGACGACGAUGAUGAUGACGACGAUGAUGAAGAUGCCUCCAAUGAGUAUGGACACUGGGGGUUCGGGCACCAAGAGGAAGAAGACGACUCCGAGGAGCACCCCCACCACGUCCCCGGCCACGGACACCGAGGCCACGAAGAAGAAGAGGAGGAGGAGGAUGGACCGCAGGCCCCCGGGCGCCAAGGCCACGUGCAGGAAGACGACGCUGCCCCAGACGGGCACCACCACCAUGCCCUCAGCCGUGGGCAUCAAGGCCACGGAGACAAGGAGGAGGAGGAGGAGGAGGAGGAGGUGUCCACGGAGCACUGGCACCAUACUCCCCACAGCCUUGGGGAUGAGGAGGAGGAGGAGGAGGUCACAGCCAAGUUCAGUCACCACGUGGCCAGCUACCAGGCGCGGGGCCCCGGGAGCGCGGAGGAGGGGUACCUCGCGGAUGAGUAUAACUCAGACCUGCCCCGCCCUCACCCCCACCGAGUCCCCGGGGAGGGAGAGGCCGGCGCGGCCACGCGUGGCCACCCAGCUCCCAGUCAACAAGGCCACGACGGCGAAGAGACCGGCCAGGAAGUGUCCGUCAAAGAUAUGAGUCCCCAGGCCCUAGAGCACACGGGGGUCCGGGACAGAAGCCAUUUGGGGGAAGGAGAGUCUGAGGAGGAAGAGGAAGAGGAAAAAGGAGAGCGCAGCUCGCAGGAGGAGGAGGAGGAGGAGGAAGGCUCAGAGCAGAGAGAAGAAGGCACCCACCUGGCACAGGAGGACGAGGAAGAGGAGGAGGGAGGCCGGGAGCAGGAGGAGGAGGAGGAGGAGGAAGAGAGGAGAGGAGAGAGGACUGAGGUUCAGGCCCCACGGAGCCAGGCCGGCCAGGGGGAGGAGGACGAGGAGGAGGGGCUGGAGGAAACCCAGCUCCCGUUCACCAUCAUCCCCAACCCGCUGGCCAGGAGAGAGGCGGCCGGAGGCUCCAGUGAGGAGGAGCGUGGCGAGGCCGGCCUGCAGGACGCCCAGGAGUACGGGAACUACCAGCCAGGGUCCCUGUGCGGCUACUGCUCCUUCUGCAACCGAUGCACUGAGUGUGAGAAUUGUCACUGUGACGAGGAGAACAUGGGGGAGCACUGUGACCAGUGCCAGCACUGCCAGUUCUGCUACCUCUGCCCGCUGGUCUGCGAAACUGUUUGCACCCCAGGAAGCUACGUGGACUAUUUCUCCGCGUCCCUGUACCAGGCCCUGGCGGACCUGCUGGAGACGCCCGAGCCCUAG